AUGCCGCAUAUGAAGGACUGGAAUGUCCCUAUCCUCCUGGGAACAAACACAGACGAGGGAACUAGUUUCGGCACGACAGGGACGGAUACAGAUGAAGAGUGUAUCGAGCAGCUUAUAUCCUCAAAACGUUGGGUUCUUAAUCGUGAGCAAGCCACCAAACUGCUUACAUUCUAUCCAAAUGACCCUGCCCUGGGAUGCCCAUAUGGAUGGGGGAAUACGACAUGGCCAAAUCUGGGACUCAUGUAUAAGCGAUAUGAGUCGAUGGCAGGCGACCUUACCAUGGUCGGACCGAGGCGCCUCCUCGCGCAAAAUAUGGUUAAGUAUAGAAAUGAGGUUUACUCUUAUAGAUGGGACGUACCCGCUUUGAAUACAUCCAGCACUAUUGGGGUGGGUCACUUUGCAGAGAUUCCCUUUGUGUUCGCCAAUCCGGUCCAGAAUAUUACAGCACUGGGAGACGAUCCCGCCCGCCUUGAGCUUGGUAACCUGGCUGCUCGAAUGUGGACUUCAUUUGUUGUCGAUUUAGACCCCAAUGGACAUAACGGUAUGUGCCUUAUUAUCAUUGAAAAAUUGGAUAUAGGUAGAAACCUAACAUACGCAGUUGCAAAUAUUCCCCAAUGGCCACAGUAUUCCCAGGAAACAUCGAACUUCGUGUUCCGCCUACCCAAGGAUGGAAGCUAUAUCGAGACCGACACUUACCGAGCGGAUGGCAUUGACUAUAUCAACAGUAUCCCCAGGUAG